AAAAAAAGGUCGAAAAAAAAUUUUUCACUUCUGAAACAAUUACUCCACUCUCAAAUUUGUAGUGUAAUAUUAUGGCGAUGAUUAUGCUGUAAUAAUGCUGUAAUAAUCGAGUAAGAGGGGAGAAUACUUCGGUCUGGGUAAGAACAAAGGUCUUUGGAUCAAUCUUUCAAUUAGGUAUUAUUUCAAUUUAAUUGACUCCACUCCCAACCUGACUGAUUACCGACCUCGAAGAACUUUGAAUGGCCCCCGCUACACCAAUAAACCAAUUCCUCCAAUCUCUUACAAGAAUUGGGGUAUUCCCCCAUCGUAACCCCACCAAUUUAGCGAUGGAGCCCAUUAGCAUUUGGCAUCAAUUUCCCACUUUUACCAAACAAAGUCGAAUAGCCAGACAAGACAGUACCAGAACAAUAGAAAAUCUCCAUGUUUUCAGAAAAAAAAAAAAAAUAAAAUACAAAAAAGAAAGAUACAAUCCCAAUUCUGGAUCAAAAAUAAAAGACCCUUUCUUUCCUGAACCAUUCUGCUCUGUGAGUUGCUGCUUUGAAACCAGCUGUACCGACCAUGGAUUUGCGACCGGAAGUCACACGAGUCGCACACAAAACUUUGUCCUGUUAAUAAAGAGUUUCGCGGAGAUGAGAACUUUAUCUGAUCCGAAACAUCGUUAUAUUACUCACAGAGAACGAAAAAAAAAAAAAAAAAAAAACCGUGUAAUUAUGACUCCUCUCUAUUGCGUAACACGGAACUAUGGAAUCCUCUUAUCUUGAUAACCACUAUUAAUGAGUCAAUUAUUGCGACAUCCUGGGUUAACGAUGAGCAGUAUUGAGUGAUUGUGAAACCAAGCUAGACUUCCAUUUCUUCCAGUAAACAAACCUUAUCUUGUUUCCCAUGAUACUGCGAGGCGAGUCUGGUUUACAUAGUAACUUCUAAGGUACCUCAGUAACCCACGCAUUUCUAGAAGUUUCUGGUUUGAUCUAAUAUGAAAAUUUUUUCUUCUAUUUGUUUUUGUUAUUUUUGGAGAAGCUUUUUUUUUUUUUUUUUUGUAUU